AUGUUGCAACAUGACGGGAGCCAUCCCCGGGUAGCUCACACGCAUCCACUCGAAACCGGGAACUUGCCACAGCAAGAGCAGAGUUACACGAAUACUGAUUUUGACGAUGUUUUCGGCUCCGCGCCGGCGUCUCCUGUACUUGACCCCGAAUCCGGCGCAAGUAACGGGAUCUGGCAGGCUGUUGGUGGCAAUAUAGAGCCUUCAGAUGUGCCUCGUUUAAAGGAAAAACAUGAGACGGAGGGCUACAGAGACGGCAUUACGAAUGGGAAGGCCACCAGUGUCCAGGCAGGUUUCGACGAAGGGUACGGGCUUGGUGCUGUGCUAGGAUUAAGAAUUGGUCAGAUAUUGGGGUUACUGGAGGGCUUAUAUGGUGCUGCGAGCAGCAGUUCAAAGGCGGAAGAACGAGAUACCUGGGCUGAGGAAGGAAAGAGACUUUCCGAGCUCAUUAUCCAGGCGAAAAAUGAUCUGAAGACUGAGAGUGUUUUCGGGUUUGAGUGGUUUGGUAAAGACGGCAUUUGGAAAUUCGAGGUCCCUGGAGAAGUAUUGGAAGGAAAGGAAAUGGUCUUUACAGAUGUGGCCACAGCCCAUCCUUUGGUUGCAAAAUGGGAACAUAUUGUGGAUGAGGAGAUCCGGAGAUGGGGUCUUGAUUUGGAUAUCGUGGAAGCUGACCACGAACAUUCCAACGAGACGGGAGAUUCAAUUAUGGAUCUAGCUGCGGCAAGUCCUCCGCGGCCUGGUACUCAGAAAAGUGAACUCAGCUGGUGA